UGUCAAGCCAGCACCUGGUGUGUGUGCGCGCAUGUGGCCGUGUGCUGUGUGUGUGCGCGCGUGUGAAGAAACAGUUCGAUGAAAAAUUGUCAAGAAGCGAGAGAGGAAAAAGAAAAGUCAAUCACGCACGUCAGAGGCAGAGCAACCUCCGGGCAACGAACGAGAAUUGUGCAAUUUGGUGAAAGAAGAAACUGCAGUGCAGUGCAGAGGAACACCCAGCCAUCCCGUCUACCCGUAGAAAAGUUUGUCUCACUGUGAAAAAUCAAUUCCCCCCCCUUCGCAGGCGCCACGCACGAAUUGGUGUUGGUGGGUAGUGUGUGUGUGUGUAAAGAUUGUGCGACACGCGUUACUUCGCCACGCGGUAGACCGAGGCGUGAAAAGAGCUGUGGUACAGCGCAAAAAAAAACCCCCCGUCGGUGUUUGUUGAUCGCAAAGGGAGGAGUGGUGCAGUGGUGCAGUGUGGUACAGCGCGUACGGGAAGGCGGUCUUAGAGGCGGAAGUGAGAAUCACCCGAACCUCUAUCGCGCUUGAAUAAAUAACACACUCCUUUGCCGUCACACAAACACGGGCACACGCACGCACGUACAACGCACGAGAAAAAAAGUGUAUAAAGUGAAAAGCUUUCAGAGGCAUCAAUUCCAUUCUGUGCUGUGAUAGGAAAUAGUUCGUUGCGUGGAAUCGUCUUAAUCGUCCUCCAACUCCCCCCCCCCCAACGGUGACCCGUGAGAAACGACGUAAAAAGGCAGAAAAUACAUUGUGCAUGCUAUAUAGCAAACCUGUACGGGGGGAUACACCCAUACAGAGCAACACGCAUACACAAUCUAAGGUUAAUCCUUGUGCAUCUCAACGGGAGUUAGUUGAAGGGCGAGAAAAGAAGGCAGAAGUUCAACGAGUGUGGCCUAACAGAGCACACACACACACAUACAUAUACUGCAUACCUUACGUUCCAAUACACUCCAUACUCAAAAGCGAGCAAGCCGAAGUACAAAAAGGAACCCCAGAGACCGAUUUUCCGGACAGUAGUGUGUACCUCCCGACGAAACCAGCGGGACGAUGGCGCAACAGAACAACUACCCUGCGAUGCGUCUACCGAGAAACGUCAUCCAGCUGUCGGUGGAUGCGAAAGAGUUCGUACCGUUGAUUAAGCAGCAGCCGCUACCGCAGCAACAACAUCCUUCUUACCACCACCAGCACCAGGGCGGCGGCGGCGGCGGAGGCGGUGGCUAUCCCCAGCCGCAGAUGGCGAUGCAUCAACCGUCCCAGGUGCACCAGCGGUUCGCGAUGGCACAGGGUGGCGUCGAACCGGGCGGUGGCGGUGACGGUGGCGGCGGCUACGACUACGGUGCGAUGGCGCACCAUCAGCAGCUGCCCGGCAACAGCAACGGCGGGGGCAUGAUGAUGGCGAACGGGUCCGACGUGUCGGCCGUGCAGAACCGGUUAAGCAAUAUGCAGAUCGUGGACGGUGGCGGUGAUAAUGGAAAGGAGAUCUCGUACCGACAGACGGAAGCGCUGGACUAUCUGACCGAGGUGAUUGCCGAGCUGUUCGACAAUCCGGGCAUCUUCGACGAGGUGAAGAAGAAGCUGCCAAACAGGCUGGGCGAUCUGUACCAGGAUCAUUACGUGCUGAGCACCACGAUUGAGACGAUCUUCGAUCAGUCGAUCCGGGAAUCGAACUUCCGCUACAUGGGUGCCCGCCUCUGUCAGCUGCUGGACAGCAUCAACAAGGCGCCCAAUCUGAUGCUGCGCGAGCUGCUGCAGCUCAAGAUGGACCACCAGAACAGCGAGCUGCCGGAGUUUAUGAAGCAGGAGCAGGUGAAGGUGCGCGGCGCGACUCUCUUCCUAGCCGAGCUGUACAUGCAGCUGAGACAGCCGGAGGAACCAUUCGGCAAGACAAUUUCGGAGUACAUCGUGAGUGCGAUCGAGAUACUGGUGGCCAAGAAGGGUCCGGAAAAUCUCAAAUGUGUCUGCCAAUGCUUAAAGCUGUGUGGUUUCGAGCUCGACCAAGACUGCCCGGACAAGGUGGACCAGAUCAUGAAGAAUCUGGACCAGGCGCGCAGUUCCGUCCCGUCGGCGGCGGAGAAGAUCAUCGGCUCGGUGAUCGAGCUGCGCAAGAUUGCGUGGGGCCGCAGCGAGGAGAUCUCUACGCCGUCGGCGGCCCUGCCCCCGAUGCCGGUCAGCGUUGGCGCGAUGGGGCCCGGCGGUCCGAUCGGUGCCGGCGAGUACCAGAACAAUCCCGUCUUUUACGGCCCGGACGGCCAGGUGCUGACCGAGGAGGAAAGCUCAUUUCUCGAAACGAACGUCAAGAACAAGGCACAGGCGCAGCAAGCUUUCAGUGGCUACGACGAUGACGAUGAGUACGGUCUGGUCGAUCCGGAUGACGAUCCGGAGGUGCAGCAAGCCUUCGUGGAGUUCCUUCAGAGCAAUCCUCAAAAUCGGCAGCCGCAACACCCGUACCGGCCGGACGUAUAAAAGAUGAUAGGGGGAGGAGUGUCGCAGUUGGAACGUUUCCUGUUUUUUCCUGCUUUUUUUUAAACAUCAAAGAAGCAGCAACAAGAAAAUCGCUUUGAAGGAAGGAGUGGCCAGGAGGGAGGAGGAGGAGGAGAAGGAAGUGCGUUAAGUCGGAAGUAACGUUAAGGUUACAAAAAAAAAAGGCAAAAGCAGUCAUAGAAAGAGAGUGGAAAACAAUAUCCAGCUACAGAGAAACAGCUCUUGAUGAAAACAAAAAAAAAACAGACACACACUACUUAUACAUUCAAAUUGUCGAUAGAAUAGAAUGAAUAAUUUCAAACAAA